UCUUCUCUUCCAUCGGCUUUAAUAUUCAUCCAUAUAUCAGUGUGAGCCUCCUGCCGCAGGUGGCGCAGUUUCUCCACUUCUGCUCGCUCGCGCGCGCAUAUCCACUUCCACCGGAAAUGUCGUAGGCCUCUUCUACCAGACCGAUCCAACAUGGGGCGCGUCAGGACCAAGACGGUGAAGAAGGCGGCCCGGGUGAUCAUCGAGAAGUAUUACACGCGGCUGGGCAACGACUUUCACACCAACAAGCGCGUGUGCGAGGAAAUCGCCAUCAUUCCCAGCAAGAAGCUCCGAAACAAAAUCGCCGGUUACGUCACGCAUCUGAUGAAGCGCAUCCAGCGAGGCCCCGUCCGAGGCAUCUCCAUCAAGCUGCAGGAGGAGGAACGCGAGAGGCGCGACAACUACGUUCCCGAGGUCUCCGCCUUGGACCAGGAGCUGAUCGAGGUGGACCCCGACACCAAGGAGAUGCUGAAACUGCUGGAUUUUGGCGGUCUGUCCAACCUUCAGGUGACGCAGCAAACUGUCGGCAUGAACUUCAAACAACCCCGAGGAGUUUAAAAGCUUUUUUUUUUGUUCUUCUAAUAAAACCAAAACAAACAAUAUUUGUCUUAUCCAACUCAUUCCCCACCCUGGACGGCCAAUUUCUUGACCGAGUGACUGUUUUUGUUCGUAGAACAAACUUUUUUGUCAUUGUUUUUUGAUUGUAUUUGAUAAAUUUAAUAAAGACUUGACUAGAAAUGCAA